AAGAAAGCCUUCUGACAAAUGUUAUCUGUUGUCAUUCUCCAUAACUGGUUAAGGACCAGUUAUAAACUGCGUAGCUGACAAGCCUGCGACAAAGAGGCAUGAAGAUCAGCCAUUGUGGAGUGUAGAGAGAUGGUUUCCUGAGAAAACAGGCUACUCUUUUGAUGACUUCUGCCAAAAGGUGAAGCUCCAGAGAGUAUAUCUGCUGUGGAAAGCAAGGCUGUGCGAGCAUCACAGAGCUGAUUCUUUCUCUCAGGCUUUGGAGCAGCGUAGACUCAGAAAAGCUGUGCAAUUAUGGCGCCAAAAGUGUCUCAUGAUGAAGACAACUGAACAAAGUCCUAAGCACUCGCACAGGACUGUCUAUGAAGAACCUCUUGCCGUGCUGUUUUCUGAGGACCUGUCAACAUCAUCUGGCUUUGGCAGCAGUGCUCCAGCUACUCUGGCCUCUCAAAGCUCUUUGGAAAAGGAAUACAGUUUUAGUGACAGCAGCCAGCAGAGCUUCUCCUCCAUUCUCACUGCUGAGGAAGUCACACGCAUGCCGUGUUACAGUUCCUUCCUGCAACUACACCAAUGCGCAGAGCUGCCAGCUGAGCGGGGUGGGGAGCUCUACUUGCAGGCCUCCUUUCCUCCACGGAGCGUUGGAUCUGGAAGUAAUUGGUUUGUGGGAGGUCAGUUCCAGUCUUUGGCAGUGCAGGGUCCAGACAAUAAUGUCCAGCCUUUCACCAGUUACUCUACAUGGGAAGAGGACUGCAGUUCUGACAAGGAGGUGAAGAGUUGCUGGCACCAAGCAGAGAAGUGCUGCCUGCGGAGGUACUUCAUUGUCUGGUCAGCUCAGACUCAGCAACUUGUAAAGGCCCAGCAGUACUGCAGGCUCGUUCAGCUGUCUCGAGCCUUUCUCAGCUGGCACCACUGGGUUGUGGAAAAUAAGAACCAAAAAGCAGCAGCAGCCCUAAAAUAUCGAAUUCAUUGCUGCCAGAUGGCUUUCAGCCUGUGGAAGAAGAGGCUGGCCCAGAAAGUGGAAGCUGACCAGAGAUUCAGGCGUCACAUUCACCAGAUGACUGCUGAUGCUCUGUGGCAUUGGCAUUCCUCCUGGCAAAGGAAUCGUGCUGAGAGAGAGCUGCAGCAGCAAUGGGCUCAGCACAGCUGCCAGGAGAAGAAGAGGCUGGUCCUGCAGACAUGGUAUUGCCAAACAAGGAAGCAGAAAUAUGCUGCUUUAUUCUGGGAACAUCUUCUCCUGCGCAGGUGCCUGGUUACCUGGGCCCAGGUCACUGCCUAUAGACUGAGGCAGCAUGAAGCCCUCUCUUGUUUUAAAAGGGUCAGAGAGCACCGUCUCCUAGUUGUGAGCUUUUCUGAGUGGAGGGUGAAAUUCUUGAGAGCUGAACAGCAGGUGCUGGGAGAGAGAAACAAGUGGCAGGGACCCUCUCGGGGUAAAGCCUGUCACCGCUGGCGAUUGGCUUCAAGAGGACAGCAAGCCUUGCGCCUAGGAUCUGUGGCUACUGUAAAACAGGCCUGCAACUACUGGACAAAAGCAGCUGCCUUUUCCCAGUGCUCACGGCAGCGCAGUACCCUGAUAGGUGCUAGGAAGAGCAGGAAGAUGUCUCUGUCUUGGUCCAUGAAAAGCAGAAAAGGCAGAGGAAAGGGUUCGGCACCAGCUGCCCCUCUUGGGCUUCUUCCCAGUGCCAUUCACCGCUGGCUGGUCAUCUACAGAAACCAAAACAGGGCUGAAAGGCUGCUACUCCCUCACCUGGUAGAGAGAUCUGGUGUGGUAGGACUGUCUCCUGCACACACAAGGAUUCAGGAGAAUGAAGCAGAGGUGGACUCAGAGGAGCGAGAUGAAAAGUGGCUUGGGAGGAAGUAUCUGAGGUGGUGGCAUCACACGGUGAUACUUUGCCGGUGCCAGCGUGACAGGAGACUGCGCUGUCUGGCAAGGGGGUGGCAUCAGUGGAAAGAAGCCAGCAGGGUGAUGAUACUGGCUCAGGUGUUGGACCAGCAGCAGCUGAUAGAAAAGGCCUGGAGGGCGUGGAGACGACGACAUUUGCAAAGCUGUGUGGUGCAGAAUUUUUUGGAGGAGGAAGCCAGGAGCCUACUAUCUCAGGCCUUUGGAAGGUGGCGCCAGCUAACAGCAUUCCAGCUCAAGGACAAAGGAUGCUGCUGAAUGGUGGGGGCCUGCCUGCAGCUGCUCAUUUCAGGACACGUGGAGGAUACAGCUGGCUGUCACAACAAAGAGCUGGUCCUGCUGCAAUCAAGAAAGGGAAUGCUCUGCUCACAUGAGAAAAGCAGUGCUGCAGGCCAGAAGCAUGAUCGCCACAGAACAACCAGGAAGAGGUGGUACCUAGUGAAAGGUCCUCUUUAAAGGAUUGAUAUCCUGUCUCCCUAGAGGCACAAACUGAGAAGUUAUUCCCUUUUGUUGUGAGGUUGCGUUCCCUUCUCCUCUGGACCCUGAUUUUGCUGGAGUUCUGAUUAAAGGUCAAAAAACCA